GGGAGGUGAUUUUCCCCCCUCUACUCUGCUCUUGUGAGGCCCCAUCUGGAGUACUGCGUCCAGAUCUGGGGCUCAUAAGGAAAAAUGUGGAGCUUUUGGAGUGGGUCCAGAGGAGAGCCUUGAUCAGAGGGCUGGAGCACCUCUCCUACGAAGAAAGGUUGAGAAGAAAAAAAAAAAAAAGAGCAUCAGACCGUUGAAGUGAACACCACCACAGACAACAGCCUCACUCGCACGCCUCUGCCCGAGCCGUAAUGGCGCCGGACCGGGCGGGGCUGCCCCGGGCUCUCACAUAACGGCGGGCAGGGCUGGACCGGGCACCUUUACGUAAGGCAGAGGCGGGACCAAGGCCGUGGUGGUGGCGGUAACACCAUGUCCUGGUACCGCAACGUCGUGUGGUUCGUGAAGGGGCUGCGGGAGUACACGAGGAGUGGUUACGAGUCUGCCUCCAAGCACUUCGAUCCGGCAGAUCUGGAGGUGGAUGUGGCUGGUAGAUCCUUUCUGAUCACUGGGUCCAACAGCGGCAUUGGCAAGGCUGCAGCCAAGGAGAUAGCACGGAGAGGUGGCACGGUUCACCUGGUUUGCCGCAAUAAGGAACGAGCUGAGGAUGCCAAAGGAGAAAUAGUGACAGAAACUGGCAAUCAGAAUAUCUUCUUGCAUAUUGUGGAUAUUUCUAACCCCAAAGAAAUCUGGAAGUUUGCUGAAAAGUUCAAAACUGAACAUAAAUUGAAUGUGUUGAUUAACAAUGCAGGGUGUAUGGUAAACAACAGAGAGGUAACUGAAAAUGGACUUGAAAAAAACUUUGCAACAAACACAUUGGGUACGUACGUUCUGACAACUGCCCUGCUGCCCCUCUUAGAAAAAGAAGCUGAUGCCAGAGUGGUAACCGUCUCUUCUGGGGGCAUGCUAGUUCAAAAACUAGACAUAUCUGACUUGCAGUCAGGAAGUGGGACGUUUGAUGGAACUAUGGUGUAUGCUCAAAACAAGAGACAGCAAGUUGUCUUGACAGAACAAUGGGCAAAAACUCACAGAAGCAUCCAUUUCUCUGUUAUGCACCCAGGCUGGGCAGACACUCCAGCUGUGAGGUCAUCUAUGCCAGACUUCUAUCAGAAGAUGAAGAACAGCCUGCGCACAGAGGCACAGGGAGCUGAUACUGUGGUGUGGUUGGCAGUAUCAUCUGAGGCAGCAAAGUUACCCAGCGGCCUCUUCUUCCAAGACAGGCAACCAGUCCCUACACACCUACCCUUAGCAAGAACCCACAGCCCACCAGGGGAUGAGGAGAAGCUAAUGGAGGUGCUGGAAGAAUUCUCCCAGAAGUUUAAAUCCACUUCUCCAGGAUCCCCUCAGUGCCACUGAAGAUCAUAGAGCAGAUCUUCCUGGAAAAUAUGCUAAGGCACAUGGAAGAGGAGGUGAUAUGGGAUAACCAGCAUGGCUUCACCAAGGGCACGUCCUGCCUGACCAACUUCGUUGCUUUUUAUGAUGGCGUUAACUGUGUCAGUAGACAAGGAAAGACCUACUGAUGUCAUCCGUGUGGACUUCGGUAAGGCCACACUCCCCCAUAACAGCUUUAUCUCCAGAUUGGAAAGAGACAGAGUCCUCUAUAACAUUCUUCUCUCCAAAGUACAUAAUUUGUCUUUGAGUGUUUGCUUGCAUGACUGAAGGCCAGUAUCACUUUUACUCAAACUGAAUGCCUCCUUUCAUCUCUAAUACUGCAAACUGUGGAUGUCCCAUCCCUGGAGGCAUUCAAGGCCAGGCUGGAUGUGGCUCAGGGAAGCCUGCUGGUUGGU